AUGAGCGAGAGAAAUCUCAACAGCAAGCGAGAAUCGCGAGAGCUUGAAGCUUCAAGCACAAGCGUCUCCCCACUCCAGAAGAAGAAGAAGCUCGAUGCCGUCGUCCUCGCGAUUCCCUCUCCUUCCGUAGCUUCAACGCAAGGUAGAUGCUCUGUCACCUCUGACGACGAUGAUAAAAGCUCUAUCGUCAGCUCCGACUGUUUCAGCAGUGAAUCGAACGAAACCGUGAGGAACAAUCCAACCUCUGGUGCAGAUCUGGAGGAUACAGUGAGCGAGGCUUUGGGAGAAACAACAGAGACGGAAUCAUCAUCGUCGGCGUUAAAGAGGGAUAAUAAACCACCGGAGGUGAGCAAGAUUCCGACGGCGGAGGAGGUCGAAGCAUUCCUAUCGGAGCUAGAAGGCGGCGAUGAUUUUAGUGUCAAAAUCACACUAAAAUAG